GCAGUCAUGGGAACCGGCCGCAUCGCGCUCCAAUACCUACUCAUCCUUUUCUCCAUGCUCCUCCUCGGCACGACCGCGGAGGGCUUGGUCCGCGUCGCGCUGAUGAAGCUACCGGUCGGCCAGAACCACCUCAUCGCUCGAGAGGAUGCUCGGAGCUUCCUCUCGCAGCACCAUGGCCUCGUCCUUAACAAGGAGCCGCAGCCACCGCCAAAGAGCGAUAUCGUAACACUGAAGAACUACCUGAACGCUCAGUACUACGGCGAGGUCGGCAUCGGAACACCACCCCAGAACUUCACCGUCAUCUUCGACACAGGCAGCUCCAACCUCUGGGUGCCCUCCUCCGAGUGCUACUCUUCGACUGCAUGCCACUUGCACAAGAGUUACACAGCCAGCCGGUCGAGCACAUACACGAAGAAAGGAAAAAGGGUAUCAAUUCACUACAGAACUGGCACAAUUGCUGGUUAUGUUAGCCAAGACAAUGUGCAAGUUGGUGGUCUAGUUGUGAAAAAUCAGGAUUUUAUUGAAGCUUCGUUGGAACAGAGUAUUACUUUCAUGCUUGAAAAAAUCGAUGGCAUCGUUGGUCUUGGGUUUAAAGAAAUGUCAUCCGGGGGUGCCGAACCUAUUUGGUAUAACAUGGUUAGCCAAGGUCUGGUUGGUAGCCCUGUUUUCUCAUUCUGGUUGAACCGACAUGCUGGUAAAGUGAAGGGAGGAGAAAUAGUUAUUGGAGGAGUUGAUCCUAAUCAUUAUAAGGGAAGACAUACGUAUGUCCCUGUUACUAAGAAGGGAUACUGGCAGUUUGACAUGGGCGACGUUUUGAUUGGAGGAAACUCCACAGGAUUAUGUAAAUCUGGUUGUGCUGCAAUAGUAGACUCGGGAACUUCAUUUCUUACUGGCCCCACGGAGAUAAUUACUGAAAUAAAUUGGAGACUUCCUAUACCUAGGAGAGUGAGCAAAGCGUGCAAGAACGUUGUUUCAAAGUUUGGGCGGAAGAUCGUGCAUUUGGUGCUAAAGCGGAUAUUGCCAAGAACGAUAUGUGGCAUGCUUCGUUUAUGUUUCCUUGCUGAACCUCAUGGUGUAAGUGACGACAACGCUGGUAUUCAAAGGGUAGAAGAUGAAGUUGGGACAAAUGGUUUUAUUGUGUGCAAAGCUUGUGAGUUGAUUGUUGAAUGGGUGGUGUCGCAAGUUGCAGAUAAUCAGACUGAGGAUUCUAUAGUGCAUACCAUUUACGAGAUGUGUGACGGAAUUCCCAUCCCUACGGGAGAAUCAUCCGUGGACUGUGGAGAACUUAAAUCCAUGCCUGACGUCGCCUUCACCAUCGGGGCCAAACAGUUUGUGCUCAAACCCGAACAAUACAUAGUGAAGAUUGAUGAGGGUGAUGCUACGAAGUGCACCAGUGGAUUCUCAGCUAUGGACGCUCCUCCUACCGGUGGCCCUCUCUGGAUCUUGGGUGAUAUAUUCAUGGAAGCCUACCACACGGUUUUUGACUAUGGAAAUAUGAAGAUUGGGUUCGCCGAGGUGGCAUAGGCGGUGAUCAUGAGCUCUUCCGGCCGAUUUCAUGUCCGAUCGGCAAAGAAAAAAGAAUGAAUGUGCAUAUUUGCGUGUUGCUAAUAAUGCUCGUGUGAUCCAAGAUAAUAAACAUGUACGUUAUAAUAUGUCUAAGGCACUGAUGCAAUGCAAGCAGAUUUUCAUCAUAAACUUUGCCACGGGAUGGCUAUCUCGUGGUUUCCUACAAUAACACUCGGGAAGGGGAAAACAUGUCCUCUUCAAGUUAAGAUACCAAGGAGGAUGACAAAUAUUUCUCCUUCUUUUGCUGAUGAACAAUCCCGAAUCAUCUCGAGGAAAGCUUAACUCACGCAUGGAUACACUCUUACUCCGUGAUGAUGAUCUCUUUAAGGAAUUGGCUAGUUGCCACCGUUGCCGAUCGCCCCCCGCGCCAUCGCCUUGCCAAGCAGCUUGAGCUUCCGGCUCUGCGACGCGAUGGCGGCUCCGCGAAGAUGGCCUCGUAGCCAUCCAUGCCGUACGUCGGCCAUGAGCUGCCAGAAGAACCCCGCCCACAGCCAGCCCGCACGUGCACAUCCACGCUGACUAGUAGAUCUUGGCGUACACCGUGCCGAACUGGACGUCCCGCUGCACGGGCUGCUGUAGCCGGCCGGGACCGGGAGUCCCUCUGCG